AUGCGGGCGCUGCGGCUGGGGCACGGCUGGGACUGGGAGGGCUGGGCGCUGCGGGCGGGGUGCGCUGGGGCCGGAGCGCUGGGGACUCUCGGAGCGCUGGGGGCACUGGGGGGGCUGUGGGCGCUGCUGGCGCUGCUGCCGCCCCCCGCCCCGGCCGAGACGUUCUCUGCGAUGCUGAGCGUGCGGGGAGCGCUGGGCGCCGAGCGCCGCCUGCUCCGCCGGCUCCGCUCCUACCUGCGGGACGAGAGCUCCCGCCUGCGCCGCCUCCGCAGGUUCUACGAGAAGGUCCAGGCACUGCACCAGGACCCCAAGGCCUCGGUGGACAACCCCUUGCUGGCCUUCAGCCUCAUCAAGCGCCUCCACUCCGACUGGCCCAGCAUCGUCUACAGCGACGAGGCCACCAGCAACACGCAGGCACUCCAUGCUGGCCUCAGGGAGGUGGAGCAGGAGCUGCCUGGAGCUGAGGACCUGGAUGGGGCAGCCAGGGCACUGAUGAGGCUGCAGGACGUGUACGCACUCAGCGUCAAGGGCUUGGCCAGCGGCGUCUUCCAGAGAGCCGGGCACCCGCCCCUCUACAGCCCCGGCCGGCGCGUCUCCCUGUCUGCCGACGACUGCUUCCAUGUGGGAAAGGUGGCCUAUGACACAGGUGACUAUUACCACUCCAUUGCGUGGCUGGAGGAGGCUGCCAGCCUCUUCCGCCUCUCCUAUGGCAGCUGGAACCUGGAGGACCGGAGCAGCCUGGAGGAUGCUCUGGACCAUCUGGCCUUCUCCUACUUCAUGGCUGGAAACAUCUCUCAUGCCUUGAGCCUCUCCAGGGAGUUUCUCCGCUACGAUCCCAGUAACCAAAGGGUGUCGAGGAACGUGGCCAAGUACAAGAAGCUGCUGGAGACGGGGACAGGGGCGAGUGCCAGCCCCCUGCAGCGCCCCAACAGCACCCGCCUGCAGAGCCGUGAUGCCUACGAGGAGCUGUGCCAGCGCCCCAGGGGCCAGGCAGCCCCAGAGCAGCUCCUGCACCUCGGCUGCUCCUACGAGACCAACGGCAGCCCCUACCUCCUCCUGCAGCCUGCCAAGAAGGAGCUGGUCCAGAUCCAGCCCUACGUGGCUCUGUACCAUGAUUUCAUCACCGAUGCUGAGGCUGAGACUAUCAAGGGGUUGGCAGGGCCCUGGCUGCAGAGAUCCGUGGUUGCCUCUGGGGAGAAGCAGCAGAAAGCCGAGUACCGGAUAAGCAAGAGCGCCUGGCUGAAGGACACGGCCGACCCGGUGGUGCGGGCGCUGGACACGCGCAUCGCCGCCGUCACCGGGCUGGACCUGCGGCCGCCCUACGCCGAGUACCUGCAGGUGGUCAACUACGGCUUGGGAGGGCACUACGAGCCACACUUCGACCACGCCACGUCCAGGAAGAGCCCCCUGUACAGAAUGAAGUCGGGCAACAGGAUCGCCACCAUCAUGAUCUACCUGAGUUCAGUGGAGGCUGGAGGCUCCACUGCUUUCAUCUAUGCCAACUUCAGCGUGCCCGUGGUCAAGAAUGCGGCUCUUUUCUGGUGGAACCUGCGGAGGAAUGGGAAUGGUGACGGGGACACCCUCCACGCCGGCUGCCCUGUCCUGGCCGGGGACAAGUGGGUGGCCAAUAAGUGGAUCCAUGAACACGGGCAGGAGUUUCGGCGGCCGUGCGGUGCUGACCCACAGGACUGAGCCCCCGUGGGAUGACAGCUGGGACACCUGCAGGGACAAAGCCACCGUGGGAUCACGGCUGGGACACCUGCAGGGGCAAAGCCGCCGUGGGAUCACGGCGGGCACCGGGAUCACGGCGGGCACGGAGCCCGGCACUUCCCACGGGAGCCGAGGGUCAGGCUGGGGCACUGCAGCUGCCCAACCCCACCCAGCCCCGUUGCUCCGGGACUUUUCUGUGCCCUGGCACGGCUCUGCAGUUCUGUGCUCC